CCGUGCGCGGCGUGCUUGCCUUUUUAAUGCGGUUUUCUGCUAAAACGAUCGGAAAGUGAACCAACAACUGAGGACCCGUACUCACUUCCGAGCAAAAUCACGGAGUAGGAAUGAUGUGUUUAUUCUAGAUAUAUAUCCACAUACUUUGGUAUCGAUAACCGAAUCUGAGCCAAAAACUGAUUCAGAUGAUAUUCAAUAAUGAUAUUUGUGUAUACAGUACGCAAUGUGAGUUGUGAGUAAUGCGUGCGGUAAAGCAUUCUAUAAAGUAUCAGAAUGGAUCUCAUGGCAGCCUUUCCACGGGAACAUCGUUUUAAAGGACUUCUGUUCGAUUAUCCAUCAUUGGUGUUUACCACAGUGGUCGUCUAUAUCGCCAUCGUUCUAAAGUUCGGUCCGGAUUAUAUGCGUGACCGAAGGCCUUAUAACGUGCGUGGACUGACAAGGGUGUAUAAUAUUUUACAGGUGACUUGUAACUUGUGGUUCUGCUGCCAAGCACUCGAGCUGUUAUGGAGAUAUCGAGGGACGGGGCGUUUUAACAUGUUUUGCAGUCUGCCCACAACUGACCAGCCUAAUCUCGAAGGUCCGGGAGACACUGAACAUUUGAUCUUCUUUAGUACAGUAUAUUUGUACGUGCGCGCUGCUGACAUGUUUGAUACGCUGCUGUUUAUCCUCGCUAAGAAGCUAUCGCAUGUAACUUUCCUGCACGUUUAUCAUCAUGCCAUGGUAGUCACAUCGGUCUACGUCUACCUCCGAUCGGGUUGGGCAAUAUCUGUGUAUCACAUCGGAAUCCUCAAUGCAAUGAUUCACGUAGUCAUGUACUCGUACUAUUUUUUAUCGACGUUCAGUACGAUGAAACCAUACCUCUGGUGGAAACGCUACCUAACAGUUCUACAACUAAUCCAGUUCGCUAUAGCUGGCAUUUAUAUGGUCCUAUUCGCGAUCUGGAACUGUGGCUUUCCCCCGAUCGUAGUACAGUACAACGUUUCGCAGGCAGUGAUAUUGUUUGCACUGUUUAGCCAAUUCUACGUGCAGAGAUAUACAAAAGCCAUUGACUUGGUAGCCGGAAACAGGCCAGGUGCGUCGGGUUGAAAGCUGAAUGACGUCAACAUAUCGCCGCGUGAUCAACGAGUUUAGUAGAGAAGAGGACAUUCGAAAGAGAUUGCAAUAGAGCAACUGGCCAAUUGGUACGUUGAUAGUUAGAUAAAUACGCGUAGUGUAAGAUCUCAAGGACCUGGGUCUUCAAACGACGAACCGCUCUUUGGCUCACGGCUGACUUUAGGCAGUCUCACGUUAAUCUAGGUACGUUCUUGAUGUUGAAGCGUCUGAUCAAAACAUACGAGUAAAGUGAGAAAAGAAUCCUACGUUUAGCUAUCGUUGCUGUUAUACAAUGUUUUUCGGUUGAACCACGUGUUGUUAUUAUAGCUGCGUUAUGUGAUGGGCAAGUAAUAUCAAACAGACAUAUAUUUACAUUUUAUUUACUUUAUACAACAAUCACAAACUUAAUACAAAACACAUUAGCAGUUCUAACUGAGCGUCUGAAGCAAUGAACGAAUCUAAAACGCACUUUUUUUUAAAAAUAAAUAGACAGUAUUUUGUUCUGCUUCACAUUUUGACGACAUCGUAAAUUAUGUACAAAGUAAAAAGUUAGCAUAUGUCCAUAAAGUGCGGCGAGUUUUCAGUUGACAACUUAGAGCAGAAUUCAUUAGAAUGCUGCUUAUUGUACGCUAGGAUUUGGCGGCGAGAAGUAAGCUUCCACUAAGAUUUCAACUCGCGGGUUUAGUGUCAAAAAAUAAAUAAAGUGCAGUUG